UAGACAACAUGCUCGCUAAGGUAUUUGUAUCGCUACUAUUAGUGUCCACUGUGGUAAGCUACCCUAUAGCAGGGGCAGAGGAUGAAGAUGACCUUCCUGUAUACACAGAAAAGGUAUCUUCAGCUAAACCAACCACUCGAAUACCAAGAUUUGAAUCCAAGAAACUAUCACCUGUUCCUAAAAAGGCUUCGGAAAGCAUCUCUCCAGCAAAAGAACCCUCUUAUUCUCUACCAGAACAGCCAAAGGUUGUUGCGCCCAAGCCAAUCCGCAGCAAUCCCAGGCCAGUCAGAAGAACUCCAGAUCAUCCCCAAAAUGCUAUAGCGGAAGGAGCUUACCCCAAACCAAAGCCAAGUCUUCGAGUAGGAUACAACGCACCUAAACCGAGCUAUGUUCCUGCACCUGCAGCUGCCCCAGCUCCAGUGCUAGGCGUGGAAUAUGCUCCAGAAGUGGCUGACAACAGUUACGAAGCAUCUCCUCUCCAUGUUGAAGAACCUAGACCAAAACUGGUGAGAUCUAGUGCACCGGAAUAUGGAGCAUUUCCUGUCGUUGCUGAAGAACCUAGACCGAAAUUGGUAAGACCUAGUGUACAGGAGUACAGAGCAUCCCCUCUCCACGUUGAAGAACCUAGACCAAAACUAGUGAGAUCUAGUGUAUCCGAAUAUGGAGCAGCUGCAGGAAAUGCACCACACCUCAGGUAUGAGGUUGCUCCACAAGCAUUGGCUGCACCUAGUACUGGAUAUAAGGCUGAUUACAAUGAAGACAAGCCACAACCUUACAUCUUCGGUUACGAGUUCCAGGACGAGAAAGGAGCAACCCAGAGCCGCAAGGAAGAAGGCGACGAUUAUGGGAACAAGAGGGGUUCCUAUGGUUACCGAGAUGAACACGGCAUCUACCGACAGGUAGAGUACAUUGCUGACUCCCACGGAUUUAGAGCUGUAGUCAAGACAAACGAACCAGGAACGGACAACCAGAAUCCAGCCGAUGUCCAGAUGCACUCAGAAGCUGCCAAAUAUUAAACUUUGCCCACAAGCAGAUAAGUAAAUUCAUAAAAAAAAGUAAAUGAAAAUAAGGUUGGUUCAUUUCUCACGACAGAUAAAACCGUU